CUUCUUCCCUAUUUUCGUGAUAAGUCAUAAUAAGACUCCAGUCAUUUAAUCGACAAAUUUAAAACGUAAAGACAAGUGACCACUGAGUACACUUUCAGUUGGGUUUUUGUGGAUUUACGUCUUAUGACGAGACAAUUUACAUAAUCAAACAUUAGCUGUGUGGUCUACCAGAGGACCUACAGAUUUAUUUUCACAGCUUACCAAUAAUAAUUGAGGGCUACCUGUGGAUUUAUUUACAUUAACUUUCAGCUACAGAAAUGAAUGUCAAUAUGAAGAAGACACUACUGGAAUGAUACUGUGGGAAAAAAAAUCAAUGUUCUUUCUUUUAAUCAAUACCUCAAGUUACAGUGGGAAUGAUGAAAAGAUGGAUUUUUUAUUUCAUUGAUGACCAGCACGUGCAAUGAGUCAUUGUGGAUUUCAAACUUUAAGCAGUAUUGAUAAUAACAGAGAACUAUAACAUCAGAUAUUGCUAAGUUGUUGCUAAUGACAAAGCAGCAUUGAUGAAGCAUUAUUAAGGAAAUAUCACUAGUGAACAGAUGUGUGUGUCUAAAAGAUGUAAAAUUACAACAUUCAACAACUGUUUUACAGCAUCAUUUCUCAGCAAGUGUUGGAAUUAAUUUCAAGUUGUCUGCCAAAAUUACGGAAAUUGAUUUUUAUUUCAAAAUGCACCCCAAUACUGGAAUUAUCUUUCAUAUUUUCAUAUUUUAUAUAGUUAUUUCACUAUCUUCUUGUGAAAAAAGAUGUACACUUUCUUAUGAAAAUGAAAUUCACAUUGCAAACUGUAGUGGACUUGGAUUAUAUCACAUCCCGUUUGAACUUCAUCAUAAUAUAAAAAUACUUGAUCUCCGAAACAAUGGUCUGAAAGUGAUCGGUGCUAAUGCUUUUGCUAAAUAUGAUAUGCUGACGCAACUAUAUCUGCAAAACAAUUCACUACAAGAAAUAAAAGCAAAUGCUUUCGAACAACUCACUCAGCUGAAGCAUUUGGAUUUGUCAGUUAAUCAGUUGAGGAGUGUGCCUACUUCAGCUUUUCCUGGACUUACGUCUCUCUUAGUGCUUAACCUUAAAGGGAAUAAAUUCAGCAAUCUUCAAGAUGAUGCCUUUUCUGGAUUGCCAUCUUUGACAAGUUUAUAUCUUGAUGGGAACUAUAUAGAAUAUGUCGGAAACAAUGCUUUUGAAGGUUUGAGCUAUUUACAAACAUUGGAAUUACAAAACAAUAACUUGAAAACUUUAAGUGAAGAAUCUGUGCAAUUCUUUACAAAGCAAUUCAAGUCUUUUAAACUUUAUGAUAAUCCGUGGUUCUGUGAUUGUCGAAUCAGAUGGCUGCAGCAAUAUUUACACAAUUCAUCUUAUCAUAGUCUAAUUCAUUGGAUAUUUCCUGAGGGUGAGCCACAGUGCAAUGGACCACAUUUAGUAAAAGACAAAUCUUUUUCACAACUGGAGGAAAGUGACUUCGUUUGUGAAAUCAUAAUGUAUUCAAGUAAUCAAGAUCUCACUAUAAAACCAAAAGAAAAAAUUGAACUUUUCUGUAAUUAUUAUGCUGACCCUUAUUCAUCACCAACAUGGACAAAGAAUGGGAUGGAAUUAACAAGUGAUGGGCAAUAUGGUCAAUACAGUAUUGACACAAAGCAAGAGUCUAUGAUAUAUAGUACUCUGAAAAUUUUAGAUUUUAGUGCUAGUGAUAUGGGAGAAUACAAGUGUUCUGUAGAAAAUGCUAGGAGUUCUGGGAGUUUAAAAUUCACACUAUCCUUAGAAGGUCAUAAAUUUGACCCAUCGUUAGUCAAACCUUCACCAAUAGAGGAACAAAAAAGUUCUCGAAAUGAUCAUACGAUAAAGAUUACCUUAUCUGUAGUUGGUGGCUUUUUACUUCUUUUAGUUUUAAUUGGAAUGUUUAUUUACAUGUUACUAAGAUUUCGUAGGAACCAUCAACGAAAACUGGAAGAGCGAAGUCAAACAUUCAAAGAACAUCUUAAAACGAAUGUUUUGAAUCAAUCGGAUAUUACCGAAUCAGAAAAAUAUGACAAAAAACAACCAGUGAAUGGGGAUAUUGAAAUUAUGGAAUGUGAACCAUUAUAUGCACAAGUCAGAAAAGACUUGAACCCUAAUAAUACUUAUGUUUCAUUCCAAGGAGAAUUUAAUGAUCCUGAAGAUAAUGGUGGCUUUUCAUCCUCCACCAAUCAAACUAAAGGAAGUGAUAGUUCUCAGUGCGAAUCAACUUCUCCAUUACUUGAUGACUGCUCUCCCAUACCAUGUGAAUCUCAUGACCUACUUUAUGACCCCUCACAUGGUGCAGGAUCAUAUUAUCAUACUCCACAACGAGCUCAAACUCUUAACUCACGAUUCCUGCCAUCGCUAAGUUCAUAUGAUACAUAUGACACUUACUUAUCAUAUAGUACGCCAUAUAGUACUCUAUCACGCAAUGGAAACAAUAUUCAUGGCUCUCACAACGGGAGCUAUUACCAUGGAAAUUACCCAAUGAAUGGGACACAUACAUUACCCAUAAAUAGUGCUAAUAGAAUUCCUCACAAAAGUGCUUCAACAAGUUAUAUAGGACCAUUACCGCCAAAGAAACCACCAAGAGUGUUUCAUUCACGAGACAGUAUGUCACUAUCACAAACGAGUAGUAGUGCUGGUAGUGAAUCAACUCAUACAUCAAAGAAACUGUCGUUGCCAAAACCUGGUACAGUAGAUUCAUUUGGGACAGCAGUUUAAUACUUUACACUUUUUGAUUUAAUAAGUACCGCAGAAAAUUAGAACAAUCGGUCGAUACUUUUAUUUGAUUGGUUUGUAAUAUGUAUUGGCCCAAUAAAAUAAUCUACCACAAUACAGUAGAUUAACAAAAGUACUAUCAUGACAAUUGUUUUCAGCUAAAACUUAGGACUCAGCUCAAAAUUAAGUAGCCAGGGCUACUUGGUCCCUGUUAAAUCUUUUCCCCUGAAUAUAAGACAUAGAGGAUCACCUCUGUUGUUCCAAAGACUGGAAGUCUUAAUGCUGAUCUUUUUUGGCAUCAAAGUUAUUAAUCUUAAAAGAGUGAUUAUGUGUACUUAUUAAUUCAUUCAUUUAUUCCUUUAAGAUUUUUUAACUUAUUUUAAAUUUUUUUUUUCAGUGCAUUUAAUUGCUAGGACCAAAUAUUUCAACUUUUAUAAGACAUUGUUAUUUUUAUACAUAUGAGUCUGGUUUUUAUAAAAAAAAAAAAAAUAGACUGGAUUUUGUGGGCAUUUAUUGUAAUAUUAAGUAUGCCAGCUUUUCAAUUAACAUUCCAGCUUCUUCAAAAAAUCAUCAAAUAAGCAAAAUAAAUCAUAGCUUCAUUUUUUUUAUUGUGUGAUCAAUGCCUACUGUUCAUAGCUUUUAAAACGCUUGUUGUCAUUUUGGUGUAAGUCUUUCAAGUGCAAUUUUUUGUGUAUGUUUUGCUAUCAUCAAAUUAUUUUUAUUGAAACAUUCCAUGUAUACGGAUUAACACUGAAAACAAACAUUUUAUUUUCUAUCCUUUAAAAGUGUGAUUUCAUGCUGUAACAAACAAAUUAAGGGUUAAAGGAAACAACUCUUUGUUUCAAAUGGACAAAUUGAUAAAAGAGGCGAUGGCUAUAGUUUCUACUUUAGCACCCUUAAAGGGACAAAGUAAUGAUAAACGAUUGCUUCGACACAACAUUAUGAACAAAAAACCUUUACUAAAGUAUGUAUAUUUUUUAAGGAAAAUGAAUUCAAGCAAAUUAUAGGGCAUUUUCAGCCAUUUAUAGAAUCUAACAUUCAAGUUUUGUUUUCAGUGUUAAACAGUUGUCAAUAUUGUAUGAAAGUGAAAAUCUCAUUCAACUUAAUCAGUAUUUUUGUGUUCACAUUGAAUCAUGUCAAGAAGACAAGAGAAGAAUAUAUUUUUUCAUCAAUGUUGGUGUGUGAAUAAAAUUUUGGAACUUUA